AUGCCCAGCUCGGCCAGAGACCAGGCCUUGCUUACGGUCGUUGAAACUGAGGAACUAACACCCGGUUCGCAUAUCAGCGGCGCCAUUGUCUGUGCUUCUCUGGGGACCGUAUUAUUUCAUCUCCGAGGAGGAGCACCGUCACUCUUUCGAGGUGGUCUGAGGCUGGUCCUCGCCGCUUUUCUUCUGUUCGCUUCUCUGUGGGCUGUCGAUGGCUUCGUUGCUACCUUUCUCGACCAAACUUCCGCGGCAGGAUGUCAAGUCGCCGUUACAUUUGCCGCCGCAUUCGACCAACUUGCCCGAAUCUCACUAGAAGAAUUUCUAUUCUGGGUUAUGAGAAGCGAUGUCCCAGCUACUUCCGGCGUUCUCUUUCCACAGACUGUCUUCUUCGUUCGCUUCAUCGUUGGCGGCAUUUUUGUCGGUGUUCAACGGCCACAGUUUAAUCCAGUGUGUGUGGGCACGAAUCUACUUUGGCCACUCGGUGUCGUGGUCCUAUGUAUGGAUGCCCUCAUUAUCCUUGGGCUUGUGACGAAAGCUUCUUCGACAGGAGUCUUUCGAGACACGAGGGCGGAGAACCCUCUUGGGUCUCGAUCUAGGGCCAUCGCUCUAACCAUUGUUGUCUCGGGUCUUUGGAUUGUUUUGAGUAUUCCCAUGAUGUUAGGGGUCAGUACGCUUAGUAUCGCUACACGUACGGCCCUUCCCGCCAUUGGCGUGCUUCUCGUCAUAGGUGUCCUUGCGUUCUACUUCGAAUAUGCGACUUUGCCCAAGAAAGCAGCUCAAAAUUAUACCCCAUGUGUCAACAAAUUACUUUCAGAGGCUGUGCAUUCGCCAACAAGAAGGCCAGGAAACCGGGAGGUGUCUACGAUUCAGUCAUCCCUCCCACCGGACAGGCUUGGGCGGUCAAGGGAAGACUGGCGGAAAUUUCCAAGGAGCGCGACUAAAGGAGCACUCGUAUCACGAGAUGCCAACAAUGCGUUGCCUGUUAUUGGUCGCCCGAGUCGAGGUCAGGCUGCAGCUGGCAUUGGAGGAAUGCCAGUUAAAGGCGAGCUUUUCCCGCCUUUGACGACCGAGUCGUUAACAUCGAAGCGAGAGGGGUGUCUAGUGCAACCAACGAAGAAAGCAGUUAUCAAGGGCGGAAAACUAGUCAUAUCUUUUCCAAUGAUUCAAGAGAACGGACUCAGCGGCGCGAGCCCCUUGAGACGGAUUGCAACUGUCGACUUGGCCACCGCGGCCAAGCAAGACAGAGAAAGGAGGGUCAAUUUUGCGGCGACCCAGCAGUCAAUCACGCCCCAGCAGCCAAGCACAAACAGGUACAGUAAUCGGCCUAGUGAAGAAUUGCGGCGGAAACAAGUUGGUAGAACUCCUAUUACCGCGAAACAGACCAUGGCAUCGACCAUGGAGGCCACCGAGGCACGUCCGCGACAAGGCGCAUCUUCGGCCGUGCUGCAGGCCCCUGUCACUUCCAUGGGCGGUAUUCGGCAGAGGUCACCGAGUCAUAUUUCGCAAUGCUUUCAUGGAACAAUCCCUCCCGUUAUUCCAUCCAAGGACGUUUCAAGUCCAAGAAUUCAAAGUCCCACAUCACAAAUUUCAAGCUCAGGAGUACGUCCCAAGCCGCUGCCUCGAUCUCCUCUACGACCUGUGCCAGGGAAAACCACCAAAGCAGCUACCUUGCAGGGCCCAACACAAUCACCGACUGAAAUAUCGAGUCGAACUAAAGAUCAUGUUCAAGAGCUCAAGAACACGGCUACUGGCGCUCCUUCGGGGCUGACUCCGGAGCUUCCAUCUUCGAGAAGCGAGAGCGUCGCUCAAAGAAGUUCCAUCAACUGCCCGAGCAGGAAUGUGGACAUUCUUGUACCCCCAGUACCUCCCCUUUCGCCAAGAGACCCGGCCUCGUGCUCGUACGACCAGUUGGAGAGGGCCUUAAGCAAUCGACACCUAGGGAGCGAGCCAUCAUCCAGCAUUCCUCGUAGCAGCUCAGGGAAAGAUAACAUCCGCCCACCAAGGAGAAAGCCCACAACUCCUCCGCCCGUCUAUGAAGGGAACCCGCCAAAGACCCCGGUCCAGCUUCGAGAGACCUCGGGGCUUCCGGGUCAUCCCAGAGCUCGGACUGUGAAAUCCUCUGCCAGUGCGAGCCAGGACAAAAUGGUCAUGUUCGUCAACAGCAUCGACUACAGUGAUCCUAGCGGGGUCCGGGACAUCAUUCAUGGGAUGGCAACAGACUUGGCCACAAAGGCAAAUUCGCGCGACUCCGAGAAGAGAGAUUCAGUGAUCCAUCGGCCACGCCCAAUUCCCCGAAUGUCUCCCAGCAGGUCCUCUGUUUCUACCAGAAAAUCACCUAGUGUAGCAUCGGCAAGUGAUUACUCGUCUCCGAAGAAGAGGGAAAGGAAAGUGAGAUUGAGGGCCUCUGCUUCAAUUGUUAGGGCACAAGGCAGCCUUAGUCCGUUGCCGCCAGUACCUCCUCUGCCGCCUCAGCAGCCACCGCCUGGAGUUCCGAAAAGUGAGCCGUUAGUACCGGCGACGACCAAGGAAACCUUACAUCAAGCCAGGACGGAUGAUUCAGAGGUGAAGGAAUCCAUACCUCCGAUGGUUGAGGCAGGCAUCGCUCAGUCACCAACCACAUCACAACCUCGAAGUCCUUACGGCCGACCUGAACCACAGGAAAGGGUCAACAAUCCAGACACCCUUACCGCUUGGACGCCUGAAGAGCACGUCUGGCCGUCCACGUCCGCAAAACGCCAGCUCGAAGCGACUAAGUACAUGUCCAAGUUCAGCAUAGCCACGACUAUAAGUCCAGAAGACCCGCCUUCUUUAUAUCUUCAAUCACCAGCUCUCGCAUUACUUCGGUCAUCACAAGAAGGGCUGAGACGAAAAUCAUCUCCUGUUCUCCCAGGAGUCCCAGCAAAUGACGGCCGGAAAUCAGCUGGUCCUAUUUCAACUGUGACAGACCAACCAGGUAUACAGUCAGCUGCUACAUCAUCUGCGAAACGAGAUCCCAAAUCGCAAGAUCUCGACGAUGAUCAUGCGUCCAAGUCAGUGGGCGUCUUUUCUGCAGCUGUUGGCAUGUCUUCCAGGACUACCUUUGUCGAUGGUGCGCUGCCAAGCCAUCGGGACGAGGUUAAAGAAGUGGCGACCUUCAAGCUGGACCGGAGCGCCGACGGCUCAGCUAAUGCCGCAUCUACGCUGUCGACACCAAAUAGCGCAGAAGGCGGCACGGAUAGCAAGAAAGACCCAUGGCACUGCCGUGUGGGUGAAACUCCGCCUACGUUCUCCGGCCGAGAGGCUAUGCAAACUCGCCGUUUUCCCAAACCACCUCGGCUCGAACUUGACAAGGCUUUCAAACGUAUCAGAGGAUCGCCUCCUACGGCUUCGCCGCUAGAAGCUCCCCAACAGGCACUGAAUAAAAUUCAAGAACAGCUGAGCAAACUCGAUGAGUCCGACGUAGCUGAUGCUGGUCUUGAAAAAAGAAUGUCUCUGCUGAAGAGCAUAGAGAUUGAGAUGGGAAAGGAAGAGAACCGAUGGCAGAAGAUGCGUGACGACCUUACCAAAACCUCGGCCUCGACGCUUAGCUCGACUCCGAACUCCCCAUGCCCGGAUGAAGCAAGCCCCUUAUCGCCGCAAAAUGUGCAGCCACCAGCGAUCAAUGUUUUCGAAUGUUCCCCGAAUAGACUGAAGAACAACGGGAUGCGUCCGCAGUCCUCUAUCCUUUACACAGCCGAACAAGUUCAGAUGAGCCGUGCCAACCUGGUGCUUGACAGCCGCCGAGUUAUCACCGGAGAUGAUGCAUCUAGCAUUGCGGCGCGCGCCGAGGGCGUUCUCAGGAAGCCAGAAAACAGUGCUCCAAAUCCCAAAAUCCCAAAUUUGGAGGCUACUCCGAGGAGCUCGACCCCAGAGGCUGCAAUCGAGUCAACUAGGUCGCCGUCUCCGGGGCCUAGGCUGGUAACUGGCAAGUUCGAAGAAUCCUCGCCUGUAGAAGAACUGAGCCCCUUAGACAGACAACUAGAGAGCCCAGUAUCGCAGUCCACCUCCCCUGGCAUGUGGCGCGCAGCUCCUCAGUCGCCCAAGUCACCUCCACCAUCUGGAGAACCAGCCGCUCGCCGGCACACACUGAGGCCUCCACGCAGGAGUAGGCGAAUAUCCCCACUACCAGACAUCUUGGAGAAUCCGGAGCCUUUGGAGAACAAGCGCGACACCUUGGGUAUUUUUCGAUUUCCUUGGGGGGAAAGGUCCGAUACAGCCACACCGCAUAUCUCACUCCAGAACCGCGUGUUCAUGCCGCCGGGUAGUGUGAGCAGAGGAGGUCCCCCCAUUUAUCCAACUCUGGAACAGCAGGCGCAGGUUAUCGGAUCUCAGCAACAGCAAUCUUCGUUCUUUGAUCACCACAGCGAGGAAGAGGCUUUCGAGGAUAUUUUUGAGGAUUCAGAUAACACCGGUUCCGAUGAUGAUGACGAUGCUUUUGAUGAAACGACGCUGUGGGAGAUUGCCAGCUUGCUGAAAUCUGACAGGGUUCCCUCCAGGGAGAGCUUGUUUCCCAGUAAUGAACCCGUCACCUACGAUGCUCCCCCUAGAUUGUCGGUGGUUCAGGGACCUGCAAACCACGACAGGCCGUCCCCCGUACCACCGGCACGGCAGGUCACAGAGAUGGAAGAUUGGGGCUUUUUCAAGGAAGAGCCAUCUUCUCCUCCGCUGCCGCGCCGGAAAUCUCUAUCGCCAAUCUUCCCGCCAGAAACGACUUUAUGGGUUUACAACGUCUGCAUGCCUCCUAGCCCUGCACAUCACGGGCUUUUCCAAGACGAUGAGCUAUGGGAAACCUAUGUUGAUAGCCAUCACCCUGUCACGCGCGCUCCUCUCAGGCAGAACAAGGCCUCGAAUAUUACUAGCACCUCACUCUGGAGUAAGCGAGCAACCAAGGCUGACAUGCCUCCGCUUACUCAUCUGUGGCCCGGCCAGUCCCAGUCACAGCCCAUAGUAGAGUCCAUUGUUCAAAUCAAAGAAGUAUCUCGUCCAAGUGUCCCUGUGCCGCAGCCUCUGUGGUCGGCACCAAAAUCCAUCCCUGGCAAUGGUGCUCUUGGUCUACCACAGCCAGAGCCAGAGCAUUGGAAUCAAUACAUUGACCUUGGCGGGAGAGUGUUGUGCCCAAGGCUCCAGAAUAAAGAACAUUUAGCCAUCGAGAGCUCAUCUCUCUGGUCACAAACACAGGGAGCAUCACAGGAGGAGCAGUCAGGGGUGGCCACUGCCUCGCCGACACCACCUUCUGAUGGUAACAAAGGUGGAACUUCACCAACAGCCACAAUCACCACAGGCGAACAGGUUGCUGGCAACGACAUGACAUUCCCAAUCGAAACGUCCAUCAACAGCCCAGAGUCGGAACAUGCUACUGUUUCUACCGACGGACAACCCAUCGACGAUGCUUGCAAUGCCGUUGAAUCUCCAGACGAUGUCGCAACGCCCAGUCUCCAAGUUCGCCGUCUUUGGGUCCCCGUUUCUGUCCCUCCCCUGGACGAGGAGCACCAAGGCCUGUUCCAAGUUCAACAAGGCGGCUACCAGCACGACAGGAAGUAUCGCAGAACGUCAAAGUCCCCCGCAGCAUUGGGAACUCGUCCCACGCCGCGAUUGAGUCAUCCGUCUCUCCAAGAACUUGAGUCAAACGCUCUCUGGGCCCCUGCUUCACCACACACUUUUGCCCGGGACUGGUUCACGCUGCCUUCCGUCCGACCCAGCACUGAGCCCGACCGACUAUCUCGCGAGUCGAGCAGCGGGUCGCCCGUCUCGAACACGUCCUCGGUGUGCUCCGACGCCACUGCCGAAUCCGCCGUCGCCAGCCUCCUCAUCGGACAGGCGUCUGCGCAGCUGAAGCCGCGGCAGUCCGUCGCAGCCGCAGACUGCAUGGCGACUCUCGAAGAAACAGGGCCGCCUGCCCGGCCCCGGACCGAGAUUGCCAGAUCGGUACCCAACAGAGCCGCAGCUCUGCACGAUACCCCCCAAGGGGCUGUUGAAGCGUCCACGACAUCCUCCUCGCAACCAGACCAAGAAGCGCAGCAGGACACAGACACAACGGGGCAAGAGGAGCGACUCGCCGUCACAGAGGUCAACGCAGACGCAGAAACAGUGGUGGUCCCAGAGCAACACACGAAUCCCCCAGCUGCCGCAAACAACCACGAAUAG